GACAGAACGAGAACAACCGUUGCCUUGCAGAUAUCGGUAGUGGAAACAUCCAACCAUGCUAUCUUUGAUCGUAGUUCUGUCAGUAGCCUUCGUCGCAAAUGCUGAUCCUGGAAUCGGCUUAGGCCUAGGAGGCUUGGGUGGAUUCGGCGGAUUCGGUGGUGGAUUUGGCGGCGCUGGUGGCAUCCUGAGUGCCAAUAAAUACGCCAAUGGAUUCAGCCACUCCAACGGAUACAGUCAUGGAAACCACAUUCUGAAAAAAUUCGGAGGAGCUGGUGGGCUGAAACAUGGCCAUCUUAACGGGCACUUCCUCGGGAAGCGAAGCGCCGAUCCCGAGCCUGGAUUACUUGGAAUUGGAGGCUUAGGCUUAAAUGGCGGAUUGGGUGGUGGCUUCGGUGGAUUCGGUGGUCUCUUGGGUGCUAAAAAGUAUGCCAAUGGAUUCAGCCAUUCCAAGGGAUACAGUCACGGAAGCCACAUUGGAGGAGGAUUCAAGAAACUGGGAGGUCUUGGAGGCGGUCAUCUUAACAAAUACUUCCUCGGUUAAUGAAGUGCUGAUCCGGAUAUUUAAUCCGAAUAAGAGAUCUCGGAAGUCAUUAGCGCACUUAACCAAUGAACGCUUAUGAAGAUGAACGGGCAUGAAAUACCCUUUGCACCAUUGGCAAAAGUCCAGACACAGCCAAUAUAAUUGUUAAGGACAGUUCUUUUCUUGCACAUUAUAUGCACUUACGAAAAUAAAUUUAUUUUUGCAGCAAAA